CUUGGGGACGGGGGUGGGGCCCGACCCCCCCUUCCCCGCCUCCAGCUCCAGCUUCUUCUUCCUGCUGGUUCUGCUGCUGGGCCUGGCCAUCUCCUGGGUGCCCGUCCUCUACAGCGUCUUUGUCAUCCUCCUGUUCUACCUGAUGGCCCUGGCUAAUUCCUACAGCCGCCUGGUGAAGGAACUCAAAGGGCAGCUCCGGCUGGAGGGGCGGAAUAAAGUUUUCUUAGUGACUCAGAUCACAGAGCUGAGUUAAGGAGAGCGCAGCAGACGCCACGAUUUCCCCUCCCGGAACAAGACAACUCCGCCAGCUGAUUUGCGGAGGGUUCUUGACCUAACUUGUUGGACCAUCCCUCCCCGGCCAGCGACACCGAUUCCCUGUGCGCCGAGACUGCCCCCUGCUGGAGGGGAAUGACAGAAACCCCCAAAGAGCCCAGAGCUUGUUUCUGUCCCCUCGCCCGACACGGCCCCUCUGAGGUGGUGCCCAAGGGCAUUUAUACAGAGACCUGGUGCUAAGAACCAGCUUCUCUUUACCACCAGCCAGCACCACUGUUCAGUUUCAGACAGGAAGUGAAGUAGAACCCGGCGCGUGACUGACAUCCUUUCAGGAGAGGUGUUAUUCCUUGUGUUUGAAAUGAGCCCGGAUUCCACACUCCAUUCUCGUGUUCUCUUUCCUGCCCCGGGCUAGCCCCACUUCCUCCAAACGGUGGACCCAUGUGAAUCUCCUGCCGCCAGCUGGCUGCAGAACUCCAUUGUCGCAGUCCAGGGUAGCUGUGCUGGUAUUCCCCAGCUACAAGACCUGAUCCGUCUCCCCGUUUUGACAGAGACCUGCGUCUCUCCCUCCCUGAUUGGGGGUUUUCAGGCUGAUUUCAUCGUACGCACACACCCAAACCCCAAAAGAGAUACUGCUAUUGACAAUCAUUGGCAUUUACAACUAGGCCAAGCCCGAGAAACCCUGCGUGAGAACUUCCCAGCGUUUGAUUUCAGGCCCCUUUCUAGGUGUAUUUUGUGCCCCAAUGAUAACAAUUUAACAUCUUAUAAAAUUGUAACUUUUUGAGUCUCUCACACCUAAUGUUAUUAAAUCACUGUGUGACGCCCACCCCCAACCUCCUGCCCCAGACAUUUUUUAACCCUCUUCUGAUUUUUCUGCAGCUGGGAAAAGUGGUGGGAAAAAGUUACAACGAAAGCACCAUUUU